AUGUCUGCCGCGCCGUACUCCUUCGACCCGUACGCGAUGCCCAGCGACGGCCGUGCAUACUACGCCUACGCGGCCGCGUCCGCCCCGCCGUCGCCCGGCCAGACCCUCCUCCCGCGCGCCACCGUUGCGUCGUUCGACCUCGACGGGCCGACCGCGCCGCGCACGUACGUCUCGCCGUCCCCGACCUCGCGCAAGGCAGUGCCCGCGUUCUUCGCGGCCCGCCGGCCCGCGUCGCUCCCGUCCGACGAGGAGGAGGACGAGCUCACGGAGGAGCCCCCCGCGGCGAACGCGACAGACCAGGAGAAGAUCGAGUACAAGCGCCGCCAGAACACGCUCGCGGCCCGGCGCUCCCGGAAGCGCAAGGUCAUGCACCAGCAGGCGCUCGAGGAGGCCGUCGAGCGGCUCACGCGCGAGAAAGAGGUUCUGGCGCACGCGCGCGCUGAUGCUCUCGAACCUCCUCCGGAGCCACGGCAUCACGUGUCCCGAGUUCCUCGAGUAAACGACAGCAUACUCCAACCAUUCAUCAUCUUGACCUGUUGA